CUUUACCUCCAUGGCUUAAACUGCACGUUCUUCAUUAUCACGAUUUUCACAGUGUGUUAGAAUUUGUUGAAGUUGAACAGUCCUCCGUAAUUCCGCAAUGCCUGUCGCGGAUUCAGGAAACAAGCCGAGCUGGGCCGACCGCGUUGAACAAGGAGAAGAUGUUACUCCCCAGCUGCUGCCAGCUCAAACGGGUCACCCAGACAGGCGAAGUGAAAUCACUGACGGAGAAGAAAAAAUUGUUGCAGAAAUCCGGGAGAAUGAAGACGGCAAGAAAGUGAAGGUACUGAGAUACUUCAAGGUUGAGAGACGGCAGGUGUCAAAAUCUGUGGCACAUAGAAAGCAAUGGAAGAAGUUUGGGGACGCAAAGAAUGACCCCCCAGGCCCCAACCCAGCAAACACGGUUGUAGGGGAGGAAAUCUCGAUGCAGUUUGUGAACCCACGCGAGGAAGAGCAAAGCAACGAGGAUGACAUGCUGGCCAAGCUGCGAAGCCAGAAGACCAAGAUGGUCAAGUGCCGUAUCUGCAAGGAGGACCACUGGACGACUCAGUGCCCCUUCAAGGACAAGGUGGCUCUGCCCGAACACUUAAAGGAAGAAGCAAAGGCUGGUACAGCUGGAGCACCACCAGUGCCAUUGCAAGAGGUGGAAGAGAAGGUGAAGUCAGGGAAAUACAUCCCUCCCAGCAUGCGAGAAGGCGCAAACCGCCGUGGAGAGUCUAUGGCACAGACUCGUACAAGAGACGAAGCUGCUACAAUCCGUGUAACAAAUUUGUCAGAAGAUGUGAGAGACUCAGACCUUCAGGAGCUCUUUAGGCCGUUUGGACAGAUCGCUCGGAUCUAUUUGGCUAAAGACAAGGUGACUGGACAGUCAAAGGGCUUUGCUUUCAUAAACUUUGUCCAUAAAGAAGAUGCUGCACGAGCCAUAGCCAGUGUGAAUGGAUUUGGCUAUGACAACCUCAUAUUGACCGUUGAAUGGGCGAAGCCCUCCGGUACUAGCUAGGUUGCUUGCCUUCAGCCAUCAUGGGCCUACAAAUAAAGCUUAACCGCAACUUUAAAAUAAAUGACUAAAAAUAA